AAUAAAUGCAAGAUGGCUCCUCAUAUAAAAACAGUCUUCUGGCUUGCCCUCGACGUGCAACAAAAUAACUCUUUACACCUUAUCCGGGUGAAAUAUCUCUCCGCGGAGACUUCUGCAGGGUGACUCGAGCUGUAGAUUGAUGUGCGUGUGGACACCGGGCGACAUUUCGUAGGAGAAGAUACCGAAAGUUACCGGACGGACAACUUUGAAGCCAUGAACCGGUGGUGAAGUCGGACGGACGGUGGUCGUAGAGCCGAACAGCCCGGGCCUCGGUUAUCUGUAGCGGGAGCCACUCUUCAAUUACAGGGUGCCUGUUGAAUGUGGGACGUGAAAGGCAGUGUAAUAAUUGGACCAUGGCUGUAUCAAGGCUUGAUCGAUUGUUUAUCCUGCUUGACACCGGAACAACACCAGUAACCAGGAAAGCAGCGGCCCAACAGCUUGGAGAAGUGGUCAAACUCCACCCACAUGAACUCAAUAGCCUCCUAUCAAAGGUCUUGACCUACCUACGGAGUCCCAACUGGGACACACGUAUAGCAGCAGGCCAAGCUGUAGAGGCCAUUGUGAAGAAUAUUCCUGAGUGGGACCCAACACCCAAACCUAAAAAAGAGUCUUGUGAAGACUUGUCUCCAGAGGACUCCUCUUGUGACCGCUUGACUUUCUAUCACUUUGACAUCUCCCGCCUGCUCAAACAUGGGGCCUCUCUGCUGGGGUCUGCUGGGGCCGAAUUUGAGCUGCAGGAGGACAAAACUGGUGAGAUGGACCCAAAGGAACGUCUGGUCCGCCAGAGAAAGCUUCUACAGAAGAAGUUGGGUCUGGACAUGGGUGCUGCUAUCGGCAUGGACACCGAGGAGCUGUUCAACGACGACGACCUAGACUAUACCUGCCAAACCAGUGCGCUUAGAGCACAUGGAAGCAAAGCCACAGCUGGAUCCAGCUCCCACAACCAUGUGCCCAUUCAGGCUGCUGAGUUGAUUGACUCAGAGUUUCGACCAGGCAUGAGCAACCGUCAGAGGAAUAAGGCUAAGAGGAUGGCUAAGCUAGUGGCCAAACAAAGAUCCAGAGACGUGGAUCCAAAUGAAAAGAGUAAUGACAGUUUUGAAGGUGAACCUGAAGAGAAACGAAGGAAAACCACCAAUGUAGUUAUUGACCAACCGGCAACAGAGCAUAAAGUCCUAAUUGACAACGUCCCCGAUAACUCCAGUCUUUUAGAGGAGAUACAUGAGUGGCCUCUGGAGAGCUUCUGUGAAGAGCUCUGCAAUGAUCUCUUCAAUCCUUCAUGGGAGGUUCGUCAUGGUGCAGGCACCGGUCUUAGAGAAAUCCUCAAGUCCCAUGGUGCUGGGGGUGGGAAGCUGGUGGGCAGCACUGCAGAACAGAUGUUGCGGCAGCAUCAGGAGUGGAUAGAGGACUUGGUUAUCCGGCUGCUCUGUGUCUUCGCUCUCGACCGCUUUGGAGAUUUUGUAUCGGAUGAGGUGGUGGCUCCUGUCAGGGAGACGUGUGCCCAGACUCUCGGUGUGGCCCUUCGCCACAUGAAUGAAACUGGUGUUUCCAUGACAGUAGACGUCCUGCUGAAGCUGCUAACAGAAGACCAGUGGGAGGUCCGUCAUGGAGGCCUGCUCGGGAUCAAGUAUGCCCUGGCAGUUCGACAGGAUCUGAUCUCUGUUUUACUGCCGCGGGUGCUCCCUGCUGUCACUGUGGGGCUACAGGACCUAGAUGAUGACGUCAGGGCCGUGGCAGCUUCAUCCCUCAUCCCUGUGGUCGACGGCUUGGUACAGCUACUGCCUAACAAGGUACCAUUCAUCGUGAACACACUAUGGGAUGCUCUGUUGGACCUGGACGACCUCACUGCUUCCACCAACAGCAUAAUGACAUUGCUGUCCUCGCUGCUCACCUACACGCAGGUCCGACAGUGCAGCAUGCAGCAGUCAUUAACAGUCCUGGUCCCUCGAGUUUGGCCGUUCUUGAGGCAUACUAUAUCAUCAGUAAGACGGGCAGCGCUGGAAACCCUUUUCACGCUGCUGUCUAAAGCUGACCAGAGCUGUGCAUUGUGGAUCAACCCCAUACUACAAGAUAUGCUCCGGCACAUCUUUCAGUCCUGCAUACUGGAGAGCAAUGAGGAAAUCCUGGAACUGGUUCAAAAGGUGUGGAUGGAGCUGCUGUCUCAGGCCCCCCAGCAGUACGUGGUAGCAGCCAGCUGUCCAUGGAUGGGUGCCUGGCUCUGUCUCAUGAUGCAGGCCUCACACAUUCCCAUAGACCUGAACAUGCUGCUGGAAGUGAAGGCCCGCUGCAAGGAUAAGGCUGGCACACAAUAAGGCCACGCCUAGGGGCCAAUCAGGGUAACCACCAUCUUCACAGAGUCAACAGCGGGUCUGAACGUGAAGUCCAAACAGUGGCAGGCACUGGACAGUAAACGACAGCAAGCUCAAGCAACAGUGAUGGAGACCAACACAGAAUGGCAGCAGCUGCAUCUGCGUGUCCACAUGUUCACAGCUUGUGCAGUGAUUAACCUGCAGGUGCUUCCUGACAAGCUCAAUCCACUGGUCAGGCCUCUGAUGGAGGUCAUCAAGAGGGAGGAGAACACCCUGAUCCAGGGAUAUGCGGCUUCUUUUAUAGCCAAACUGCUACAGCAGUGUGCUGGACGCUUGCCGUGCCCCAACCCCAAGAUUAUCAAAAACCUCUGUGCCUCAGCCUGCGUGGACUCUGCAGUCACACCCUCAUCUGCUUGCCCUGUACCCCCCACACAGGAAAAUAUCAAAGGCGGUGGGUUGGAGAAAGAUGGUAUGCAUCACAUGGUCAACAAAACCAGAGGCAUCAUCACCCUUUACCGUCAUCAGAGGGCAGCAUUUGCCAUCACCAGUAAGAGAGGGCCAGCCCCUAAAGCCCCAAAGACCCCCACCACUGAGCUUCCUCCUGGCAGCACCAUCAGCACGGACAAUGAUGAGAGCAAGAAGCCAUUUCUUAUUCAGAGACGUGGAGCAGAGUUCUCCCUAACAACUGUUGCCAGGCACUUUGGCACAGACCUCACCAAGUCUCUGCCAUACCUGUGGGAGAACACAGUGGGACCGCUGAGAACAGUGGUGACUGAAAAUCAACGCAUUGAUAGGCAGGUUCAGCUGGAGAGGGGAGACACUGCAGCUCAGGAACUGGUCAACUCUCUACAAGUGCUGGAGGUCAUGGCUGGGGCGAUGGCUGCUGAACUCAAACCUUUGUUACUGGAGCACAUUCCCCAUCUGUUCACCUGCCUGCAGCACCCGUACACAGCGGUGCGCCACAUGGCUGCGCGCUGCGUGGGCGUGCUCAGUAAGAUAGCCAUGCUGGAAACCAUGAACAGUUUCCUGGAGUGUGUACUCCCCUGGUUAGCUGCUAUUGAAGACUGCACCAAACAGGAGGGCGCCAUCGAGGCUUUGGCCUGUGUCAUGGAGCAGCUGGAUGUGGACAUUGUGCCCUACAUUGUGCUGCUCGUAGUACCCGUGCUGGGCCGAAUGAGUGACCCCAGCGAUAGCAUCCGUUUCAUGGCCACACAGUGCUUUGCUACACUUAUCCGCCUGUUGCCCCUAGAGGCAGGAAUACCGGACCCUCCAGCCAUGUCAGCUGACUUGAUCCGCCAGAAGGCCAGAGAACGGCACUUCCUGGAGCAACUACUAGAUGGCAGAAAACUGGAGAACUACAAGAUCCCUGUGCCCAUUAAGGCAGAGCUCAGGAAGUACCAGCAGGAUGGAGUGAACUGGCUGUCCUUCCUGAACAAAUACAAGCUGCAUGGGAUCCUGUGUGAUGACAUGGGCCUCGGCAAGACGCUGCAGUCCAUCUGCAUUCUGGCAGGAGAUACCUACCUCAGAGCACAGGAGUAUGCCAAGACUAAGGCCGCAGACUGCAGCCCAAUGCCCUCUCUGGUGGUUUGUCCCCCCACACUGACCGGCCACUGGGUGGACGAAGUGGGCAAGUUCUGCACCAAAGAGUUCCUCCACCCACUGCACUACACUGGGCCUCCUACAGAACGAAUGCGGUUGCAACACCAAGUGAAAAAACACAAUCUCAUAGUAGCCUCUUACGAUGUUGUACGGAAUGACAUCGACUUUUUUAGAAAUAUAAAAUUUAACUACUGUAUUCUUGAUGAGGGUCAUGUCAUCAAGAACGGGAAAACCAAACUUUCCAAAGCCAUUAAGCAAUUGGCUGCCAACUACCGGAUCAUCUUGUCAGGAACGCCCAUUCAGAACAAUGUGCUGGAGCUCUGGUCGCUGUUUGACUUCCUCAUGCCGGGCUUCCUUGGAACGGAACGCCAGUUUGCUGCUCGCUAUGGUAAACCCAUCCUGGCCAGCCGUGACGCCAAAAGUUCCUCACGGGAACAGGAAGCAGGUGUCCUGGCGAUGGAGGCCUUACAUCGACAGGUGCUACCGUUCCUUCUGAGGAGGAUGAAGGAGGAUGUCCUGCAGGACCUUCCUCCUAAAAUAAUUCAGGACUAUUACUGCAACCUGAGUCCUCUACAGGUUCAGCUAUAUGAAGACUUUGCUAAGUCUAGAGCCAAGGCCAGUGUGGAGGACAGCAUCUCUACAGCCUCGACGGAAGAGGAGGAAAAACCUAAACUGAAGGCCACAGGACAUGUCUUCCAGGCGCUGCAGUACCUGCGGAAACUGUGUAAUCACCCGAGCCUGGUCUUGACUCCACAGCAUCCAGAGUACAAACGCAUCACUGAGCAGCUGACGAGUCAAAACACGAACCUGCGGGACAUUCAGCACGCGCCCAAACUUUCCGCUCUCAAACAGUUGCUGGUGGACUGUGGUCUUGGUGGCAGUGGCGGUUCAGAGGGGGGCACAGAGGCAGUGGUGGCCCAGCAUCGUGUGCUCAUUUUCUGUCAGCUAAAGAGCAUGCUAGAUAUUGUGGAGCACGACCUGCUGAAACCCAAACUGCCCUCAGUCACCUACCUGAGGCUGGACGGCAGCGUGCAGGCAGGCCUGCGCCACUCCAUCGUCUCCAGGUUUAACAAUGACCCCUCCAUUGACGUGCUGCUGCUGACCACACAUGUUGGUGGUCUGGGUCUGAACCUGACAGGUGCAGACACCGUGGUGUUUGUGGAACAUGACUGGAACCCCAUGAGGGACCUGCAGGCCAUGGAUCGUGCCCAUAGGAUAGGACAGAAACGGGUCGUGAACGUGUACAGGCUGAUCACGCGAGGCACGCUGGAGGAGAAGAUCAUGGGUCUGCAGAAAUUCAAGAUGAGCAUCGCCAACACUGUCAUCAGCCAAGACAACGCCAGCCUGCAGAGCAUGGAAACAGGCCAGCUCCUCAACCUCUUCACUCUGGACAAGGGCGAGAAGGGUGAGAAGGGUGAGCAUUCGCCGUCGACCUCAGGGAAGUCCUCCAUUAAGUCUGUGCUGGACGGCCUGGGAGAGCUAUGGGACCAGCAGCAGUACGACACCGAGUACAACCUGGACAACUUCAUGCACUCCCUGCAGUAGCACUGUACACGGCCCCCCCACACAGCUUCCAUCUGCUGGCCAAGCAGGACCUGGUCAGAGCCUGAGGAGACCCCGCUCCCGAACCGACCCCCCCCCAACCUUACAGAAAUUAACUUCAAGGAGUCACUGGUCGCUAACAGUUAGUCCCAAAGCAAUAACAAAAUAGAACACAGCCAAAACGAGAACUAAAUCAGUUUUUAGUGCUUUCAAAUCGAUAGGUAUCGUAUGCUAAAACAUUUUCUUCUGAUAUUUCUUAACAUCCCAUAAUUCCUUGUUGAGAAACCUCCCUGGUUUCCAACGAACCCUUUACAAACCUGCUAAGAGGGUUUAAUGGUAUGAUGUACCAUCUGCGACAGACAUCUCCACUGUUAACUGACAUCAUCUGUAUUGGUAAACAGCAGCGCCCCCGCUGUGCACACUGAUGUUGCUGUAGUCUCUGAAGCGUACAGCGUAUCCUAAUUACACUUAUCCUUUAUAGUUCCAGCACCAGGUGCUACUUUUACAGCCCGCUGCCCUCCUUCCCACAUUGCAUUGCCAGAGAAUACAGUGUUAACUGCUUCAGACACCAUUACUCAGUUGCACCUCCCUCCCUGUUUGCCUCACUACCCCCCCCCCCCCCCCCCCNNCCCAUCACAAGGUCUUAAAAGCACUGGGAUACCCAGCAACUUGUCAACGCCUCUCUGACUGAUGGAUACAAACAUGUUUUUGUACAACAAAGGGAAACUGGGCGAGAGUGACGAGCUCGCUGGAGAAACCACAGGAUGUCAACACGGUGUACUGGCUUUUUAUAGCACACCAGUGACUGCUGAGCUCCGGAGACGAGAUGACUCCCAACCUCCAGAUGGCGGUAGUGUCUACUCGCCCCAGGAGAGUCUGGUCACGUGACAUGAAGACAUCAAGGCUUUGUGGAGGAAUGACAGAAACUGCGUUCUCCUCCACAUGUGGUUUAAAAGAGCCGGGAAAGCACUGCACUUGAAGCAGCGUUACAGAGACUGAACAUGGGGCCAAUCUGAAACUGGUACCUGAAACUUGCCACAAGUAUUUUAAAAAAAAAAUAGACUUGUACAUAUUUCUGCAAUUGCUGCUUUUUGUUUAUGAUUGUGGAAUUGUAAUAAAUUCUACAAACCUUUGAACUACA